AUGGAGAUUCACAGCCUAUGCCAGGCCGAGUGUGCGAAGUUGGCUGAAGACACUACACCGUCAGCGGCUCAAAACCAGGUGAUCCUACCGGCGAGGAACUCAUGUCUAUCGCCUCUGAAACUAAAUAUAAAUCCGGCUGAAUAUUGGCCUGCGGCAUACGAUGUGAGUCCUUUGAGCAUUAUAGAGAGGAGCGAUAGACUCAACGACUACAAAUCGCCAUAUGACAAGAUUAAACGGCAAGCGAGGAGUCCUUUGGACGCGAAGUUGGGUGACUUGAAAGAUGGAUUUGUAUACCUGUAUGAGGUCGAAGGAAACAACGGAUUCGUCAAAAUCGGAUAUACCAGUCGUACCACGGAUGAGCGUCAUGAGGAGUGGGCUUUUGCAUGCAAUCGAACUCCCAAAUUACUCUAUCCAGAUUCACCAAAUCGCCAAAAAGUUCCAUGUGCCCGCCGCGUCGAGGCUUUGUGUCACGCGGAGCUCAUCAUCGACGGCUCAGAAUCUAUUGCACGGGUUGCUUGA